CCGCGCUCGGAGGGCGGGACGAGCGAAGGGAGAAAAAAAAACCCGAAGCGAAUUUGGUGGCGAUUCCGCUUUUUAAAAAAUUAAAAUAAUGCGAGCAGGGCGGCGGAGAACGGGCGAGCGGCGCUUUUCAUGAAGUAAACCCGCUGUCGAAUCCUCUCGGGCAUCGUUCCCUCUCUUCCCCUCCGCUUAAAAAGUUAUAAAAAAAUUAUAUUUUGCAAAUUAUAAUUUCCUCCGAUUCUCGUUGAUGGCGGCGGCGGCGGCGCGGGGCAGCAACCUGAGGAAAGCGGGCGGCUUCAUUGGGCUGGUGAAGGACGCCUUCCAGCCCCACCAGCACCAGCACCAACAGGCGGGCGUUGUGGACAAGAGAGCCGUGGAGAAAUGCUGGAAAUUAAUGGAUAAGGUGGUCAGACUGUGUCAGAAUCCCAAAGUAGGACUAAAGAACAGUCCUCCAUAUAUUCUUGAUCUCUUGCCUGACACCUACCAGCAUCUGCGUCUGAUCCUGAAUCGAUACGAGGGGAAAAUGGAAGCCCUUGGAGAGAAUGAAUACUUCAGAGUCUUCAUGGAGAACCUGCUUAAGAAAACUAAACAAACCAUUAGCCUUUUCAAGGAAGGGAAAGAGAAAAUGUAUGAGGAAACAUCCCAGCCAAGACGACAUUUGACCAAGCUGUCACUGAUAUUCAGUCACAUGUUGGCAGAGCUGAAAGCUGUAUUCCAAAAUGGCAUAUUCAUGGGGGAUACUUUCAGGAUCACAAAAGCAGAUGCAGCAGAUUUCUGGAGGAAAGCUUACGGAGAAAAGACAAUCAUUCACUGGAAGGUUUUUCGACAAGCAUUGCAUGAUGUUCAUCCAAUCACCUCUGGUCUGGAGGCCAUGGCCUUGAAAUCUACUAUUGAUCUGACAUGUAAUGACUUCAUCUCUGUUUUCGAAUUUGACAUUUUCACCCGACUUUUUCAACCAUGGUCGUCACUGCUCAGGAACUGGAACUCAUUAGCUGUUACUCAUCCAGGUUACAUGGCCUUCUUAACUUAUGAUGAGGUAAAAGCAAGACUCCAGAAGUUCAUCCACAAACCUGGGAGCUAUAUAUUUCGGUUGAGCUGCACUAGGCUUGGCCAGUGGGCAAUUGGCUAUGUCACUGCAGAUGGCAACAUUCUCCAAACCAUCCCUCACAACAAGCCCCUCUUCCAGGCGCUCAUCGAUGGAUUCCGUGAGGGCUUUUACCUGUUUCCUGAUGGACGCAGUCAGAAUCCAGAUCUGACUGGUCUGUGUGAACCAACGCCACAUGACCAUAUCAAAGUGACACAGGAGCAAUAUGAACUGUACUGUGAGAUGGGCUCCACCUUUCAGCUCUGCAAGAUCUGUGCAGAAAAUGACAAGGAUGUGAAAAUUGAACCCUGUGGUCACCUAAUGUGUACCUCCUGUCUUACAGCCUGGCAGGAAUCUGAAGGUCAAGGAUGUCCAUUUUGUCGUUGUGAAAUAAAAGGCACUGAACCAAUUGUUGUGGACCCUUUUGACCCGAAAGAUGGGCCAGGUCAAACCCGGUUGGGAAUGGAAACAAUGUUAUCUCCAAAUUUUGAGGAUGAAGAUGAUGACCGCAGUGAUGAAUUGUUUAUGAUGAACAAGCUGGCAAAUGCAAAGAUUGAACGACCUCCAUCUCCAGUCGUCCCAGCUCCUAAUUCUGCACUUCCACCUGUUCCUCCUCGUUUAGACCUCCUGCAGCAUCGAUCACCCACUGUGUCCAGUGCACCUAGUCCUUGUGUUUCACCCAAGGCUUCGUCUGGUGGCUUGCAUAAGCAGGAUAAGCCUUUACCGGUUCCUCCAUCGCAUCGAGAUCUUCCGCCUCCGCCUCCUGAGCGACAUCCAUCUGCAAACACGGAUUCUCGUAUGCAGAGGCGCCCCUUACCAAGCACACCAAAUGACCUCCCAGCAAGAGAUAAGCCACCUCUUGCACCACCUAGCCGACCUGGGGAGCCCUGGCACUCGCGAUCUCAGGCAACUAAACCACCUGUGCAAACGCUUAACCUUGGAGAUAGGUGGACGGGCCGAGAGUUGUCCAACAGACACUCAUUGCCUCUAGCACUGACAUCUCAGAUGGACACUAGGACUGAGGCAGUUAGGCAUAGCAGCUCACUCGGGCUUGAUGGUGCCUUGGCUUUCAGUGGUGCCAUGAGCGAUGUUUCAGAGUAUGACAACUCCAAAGUGAAACCCUCUGCAUCAGCAAGUGCUAUUUAUUCUCUUGCUACACGACCCCUGCCAAAGCCAUUUGCAUCAGAGGAACGUUCAGAGAGCAGUGAUGAGGAUAUUGAUUACAUGACUCCAUCUUCAUUGCCUGUACAUGCUCCUCUCUGUCUCACCUCCUCCUUAGAUUCCAGACUUCCACUGCAAACACAGAGCAGUCACAAUAUAGAAACAUUGACUGAAUCUGACCCAUUGAGACUGAUGUGUGAAUCUAUGUUUUCAUCAUCUCAGGCCACAAAUGUAGACUUGCCGCAGUUUGUGUCAGACAAUGGUGAUUCUGCCAUCAGUGACGGGGCUGAACGAGAUGACAGUGAAGAUGAGGAUGAUGCAUAUGAUUUCCCCAAACCACCUGUGCCACUUCCUCCAGCUCGCCGCACUCUCUCUGAUAUCUCUUAUGCCACUUCAGCAUUUGCCAGUGCACCUGCUGAACAGAAUCUACCUGCCCCCAAUGCACAUACAGGAGAUUCAUCUGCACCUGAAAGACCUCCCAAACCAUUACCUCGCAGAAUCAACUCGGAGCGCAAAUUCAGUCCUAAUCGAUCAAACAGCUGUAACAUGUUGCUCCAGCAACAGCAGACUCUGUCGGCUGAGAUCAACAGCCUCUUGAGCCAGGGCUACUCAUAUCAGGAUAUACAAAAGGCAUUGCUUAUUGCACAAAAUAACGUGGAAAUGGCAAAAAAUAUUCUUCGCGAGUUUGUGUCUGUUCCUUCCCCUGCACAUAUCGCAACGUAACCACCCCUCAGGACACUGACUCUGGCAAGUCAGCGCUCACGGGUUGUGUCUAAUAUGAGCUUCGGCUUGAGUGACAUCGUGCCUCAUGUAACCCUGCCGCCUCAUCAAUUUGAAUAAUCAGGUCUGUGCAAUUACUGAUACACUGAAGGACAAUAGCUCCCUACCUUUUUCCAUUCCAACUGUGGGCUUUUUUUAAAAAAAAGUUUAUAUUUGAAGGUAUCAUAAGAUAAUUGGCCUUGACAAAGUUGCAUUCUUAAGGGCAGUCAUCACUUACCAAGAAAUAUUGCAGUCUGUAAAAAAAAACUGAUCUCAAUUGGUUCAUUCUUGUCUAAUUAUAAUAAAUAUUUUGAAUAUAAUGUGAAUUCCCUUAAAUUCAAGAAGCAAAUGCACAUCAUGCAUGGAUGUUACUACUUUCCCACAAACUGUAGCACAAAUUUGAAGUAUGUACUAUACGUGGAAUGUAUGAUAUUCAAAGAUUUAUACUAUGCUGCAACAAGCCUGUCUGUACGAGUGCACGUAUUGUAAAUUAAGUUUGAAGUGCUAUAAUUGGGAUUCGGAAAUCAUGGUACCAGAGUAAAGAGCUUUAAAAUGGGCCCCUACUUGCCGUUGCUGGUAAAUGUCUGCCACUGAGAUGUGCAAUUACUGUUGUGGAACGAGGUUAACAUUUGUAUCAACCUGCCAUUCAGAAAAAGGGGUCUAUUUUUGUACAAACAGAUACCAUUUGCACAAAAUGAAAUAUAAUUAGCAAGUUGUAUUUAUACAGUAACUUGAAUGUGAUAAUUGGAAUCCAAAUUAUAUAGCUCCAAAAAAGUAAAACCUUGGUCAGUGGUGCAAAAUCUUGCAGUAGUUAAGUCUGUAGUAUCAAACUGGGUUUCCUUGUGCACUUGUAAUCUGUAUUUUCCCUUUUUGAAAUACUUGUGCAAAACUUGUGACUUGAAUAUAAAAGUUAAAGAUGGAAAAUGGAUUGUAAUUUACAGCAAUGUACACUGAUACUGGGCAGAUUUUAGAGCAGCUUUUGAUUUGUGCACAGCCAAUCCCUGAUGAAAGAAUCAUUCCAGGUUUAUCAUGAAAAGACCCUUUAUUGCUUUCAAAAAAAACUUGGUUUGUAUUAAUUUAUCGUAGUGCAUUCGAUGACAAGUACAUGAGGAAAGUCAGGGAUGAAAAAUUGCAGCUUGAUCGAUGGAAGGUUAUCGUUCUACGACAUUAAUCAUGCCCUUAUUACAUAUUUAACUUAAAUGCAGAAAACCCUUGAAAUACUUGGCGGAUCAGCCAGCGUCAGUGAAGAGAGCAACCGAGUUGUAGGUCGAUGAGCUUUUAUCAGAGCUUGUUGUUUUGAUGAAACUUGUAAUCUAUAUUUUGUCCAUUUGAAUUUUCUUUCUCUCUCCACAGAUGUUGCCUGACCUGAGUAUUUCCAGAAAUUUUUUAAUUUAUUUCACAUUUCCAACAUGAAGUUUUUUGGUUUUUGACACAUUCAGUUCCUAACAAAAAAAAUUAUACAUCCCAAUGUGUAGCUGCCCCAAGAUAAUUUGGUAAAAUGUUCUGGCACUGGGUUGUGAUUCUAACUGAUUUUUAAAAAAAAAUACACACAUUGAAAGAGUCCUUUAUAUUUGGAUUGAAAAUUGACUGCACCAAGCUUGCACAGGAACAGCAAUUAGUUGCAGUUCUCUGGCCCAGGAAGGGGAACAAAAACAAAAUGAUCUGAUUUCUGUACUGGGAUACUUACUGCAAGAUGUCUUCCACAAAUGCAAGCUCAAGAUUACACUUGUUUUUAGUGCCCAUGAUAGUGCAGCAGCCUGGGUUUAUACAAUACUGUAAGGAUCAGUAUCCUUUGAGAGGAAAGUGGAAAAAUUUGAAAAGGAAUCUUUUUUUUUGGAUCAAGAGCAGAUUUAUCUUUAGUUAAUUUCACUGGCCUAUUCAUUCUUGUUUUGUGCAAGUUGAGUUGGACAACACUUAGUCCAAUGUGCAUUUCUAUAGCUCCUAAUAACUAGACUCUCUCAAAUGUCAGAGGGCAGUUUUGUCUGGUAUGGUUUUAGCAUUAUUUUCAGUCAAGUGUAGAGAUGCUGUAGAAAUGUGCGUUUAAUUCAAAACCUAACAAAAUUAAGAUUAAAAUUUUAAACUGCCACAGCAGUCAAAUAAUGGCAGUUCUGCUGGUGUACAAAUGAUUUUUCCUUACCCAUAUAAAAAUUGCUGUUGGAGGAAAUGUUGGAUGUAAUUUUUAACCCUGCUAUUGUGCUCAACAAAUUAGGUAUAGUUUAACCUGAUGUGUGGAAAACCUUUCAUGAAAAUGUGUGAUGAUGCUAUUCUGCUUUGAAUUUUAUAUUUAACACAAAUGGGAAAUAAUUGUGUGACAAAGAAAAAUGAAGAAUCAUCUGUUUAAAGUUGUGAAUGCUCUAGUUCCCUCACCUUACAACUUUAGAGCAGCAUAAUCCAAUAAGAAUAGAUUUCUGGUGUAACAUUGUUCAAGCAGAUUCACAGAGGUUCUGAUGAAAGAUUAUAAAAUGUUAACCCUAUUUCUCUUGCCACAGAUGCUGCCUGACCUAUUGAGUAUUCCAAAAUGUUGUUCUUAAUUUUAGAUUUUCAGAAUCUGCAGUUUUUCUUACUGUGAGUUUAAAGGUUUGCUAGCGUGGGUUGACUGCUGGAAACUGUAACAAUUCUUGGUUGUCUCCUUGACUUCUAACCACCACCCCCCCCAUCCCACACAUGCUCUCCUCCUAUUCCAGCUCUUGCAAGAUCUAUAAGUAUGUGUGAUUUUUAUCCCCUUUUGUUUUUUACAAAAGAAUGGGACUUAUCUGGCCAUUCACUUCAUGCAAUAGGAUAGUGCUGUUUUAAUUUUUUAGACAGAAAACCCUUGUACUACCUGCAUAAAUCUAUUUGAUAAAGUACAAAUGUGUGAGAUCAAUAUUUCUGCUGCUUAGUCUGUGCAAGGUUUCCGGUAAAUUGUGCAUCCCAUUAGGAUAUCUUUUGUGGAAAGGAGUGAUAGUGGUCUCAGGAAUUCCAUGAAUUAUCAGUUUUUUUUCAAUAUAUUUUGAUUUUAGCUAAAGAGGAUAAUUUAACAGUAACCGUAGAAUAAUACUGCACAGAAGGCUCAUCAUAAUUAUACCAUCUCUUUGGAAGGUUGAUCCUAUCAAUUCCACUCACGUGCUCUCUUCCCUGUAAUGUUUUGUUUAUUUGUCAAAUUCACUUUUGAAUGUUACUUUUGAAUCUGCUUCAGUCACCCACCUAAGCAGAGUAUUCCAAAUUGCAGCAAGUGACAUUGUUUGCCUAAAAAAAAUUGUUUCAUCGCCUGGUUCUUUUGUCAAUCACCUUAAAUCAAAGUCCUCUGUGGUUGUUUCCUUCCUUUAUUCCAUCAAAGGUGUUGAUGGCCUUGAGUAGCGGUUAUCAGUUUUGGCACCAACCUUGGUCAGCUUUUCCAGUAUCUUCACAUACCUGCAGUUCCUCUGCUCUGAAGUCAUUCUAGUAAAGCUGUGCUUCCUGUCUAAGGCCUUGACAUUUUUAUAAGUAUGAUGAUCAGGUUUGAAAUUGCGCUAGUGUCAUAGAGUUAUAUAGCACAGAAAUACGUCCUUCAGCCCAAUUCAUCCAUGCCAACCAAGGUGCCUACCUGAGCUGGUCCGAUUUACCUGUGUUUGACCCAUAACCCUCUAAACCUUCCCUUUCCACGUACCUACCUAAAUGUCUUCAAACACUGUAAUUGUACCCACCUCCUCCACUUCCUCUGGUAGCUUGUUUCAUAUGUCCACCACCCUCUGCAUGGUAAAACUUGCCCAUUGGGUUCCCUUUAAAUAUAUCUCCUCUCACCUUAAACCUAUGCCCUCAAGGUUUAGAUGCCCCUACCCGAGGAGAAAAAUAGUGACCAUCCACCUUGUCUGUGCCCCUCGUGAUUUAAUAAACCUCUACAAGGUCACCCCUUGUCUCCUGUGCUCCAAGGAAAAUAACCCCAGUCUAUCCAGUCUCUCCUUAAAACUCCAGCUCUCCAGUCUCAACAACGUCCUUUGAAUCUUUUCUGUACCCUUUCCAGCUUAAUGACGUCCUUUCUAUAGCUAGGUGACCAGAACUGCACAUAAUACUGUGAGUGUGGUCUCAUCAACGUCUUGUACAGCUGUAGCAUGAUAUCCAACUGUUGUAUUCAAUUGCCCAUCCAAUGAAGGCAAGUGUGUCAAAUGCUGCCUUCACCACCUUGUCUACCUUUGUCGCCACUUUCGGGGAACCAUGUCCUUGUACACCUAGGUGUCUCGGUUCUACAAAACCUUCUAGGGCCCUGUCAUUUAUUACUGUGCAAGUCCUGCCCUUGUCUUCCCAAAAUGCAACAGUUUGUACUUGUCCAAAUUAAAUUCCACCUGCCAUUCCUUGGCCCACUUUCCCAGUUGAUCCUGAUCCUGUUGUAAUUUUAGGUAACCUUCAGUGUUCACUAUACUACCAAUUUUGGUGUCAUCUGCAAAUUUACUAACCAUCCACCUACAUUCUCAUCCAGAUUGUUAAUAUAGAUGAAAAAUAACAGUGGGCUCUGCAUGGAUCCCUGUGGUACACAACUGGUCACAGAUCUUCAAUCAGAAAAGCAACCCUCCACUACCAUCCUUGGACUCACACCACCAAAAGCCAACUUUGUAUCCAGUUGGCUUGCUCACCCUGGAUCUCGUGAUCUAACCUUCCUGACCAGCCUACCAUGCAGGACAAAGGUCUCUCAUCUGCCACACUGCUACUUUGGGUCCCACUACUCCCUCCUGCUGGACAAGUUUAAACCCUUCUGAGCAGCUCUGGCAAAUCUCCCGGCCAGGAUAUUGGUCCCCUUCCAGUUCGGAUGCAAACCACCCCUCUUGUACAGGUCACCUCUGUUCGACAAAGAAAUUCCAGUGGUUCCAGAAUACUGACACUUUUCGAUCUCUCAGCAUUUAAAACAAAAUGCUGUUUACUGCCAAAAUGGAUGACCUCACUGGAAAGCGUCAUAGAACUUUAAAUCAGCUGGAUUUACCCCAGUGAGAAAUAGUCACUUUUAGCAAAAGGCUGAGGAAUUUCUUGAUGCUAAAGCAGUAAUGAAAUAUCCGAUAAGUGAUUUCUCAGGGAUCACAAGAUCACAAGACAAGGGAGCAGAAGCAGGCCAUUCGGUCCAUCGAGUCUGCUCCAAGGAAAGGGAAAUAGAAAUGAGGAAUGGGGGAAAAGAAAAAAAAAACCUAUUCUAAUCCCAAUUUCCGGCCUUAUCCCCAUAUCCCUUGAUAUCCUGACUAUUUAGAUAUCUAUUUAUCUCCUCCUCGAACGCCCCCACUGAUCUGGCCUCCACUGCUGUACAUGGCAAGGAGUUACACAAAUUCACCACCCUCUGGCUAAAGAAAUUUUUCCUCAUCUCUGUUUUGAAACUGUACCCUCUAAUUCUAAGAUUGUGCCCUCUGGUCCUGGACUCACCCACCAAGGGAAACAGCCUAGCCACAUUUACUCUGUCCUUUCCUAUCAAUAUUUUAAAUGUCGCUAUGAGGUCCCCUCUCAUUCUUCUGUACUCCAGUGAGUACAGUCCAAGAGCCAACAAACGCUCCUCAUACGUAAGCCCUUUCAGUCCUGGAAUCAUCCUCGUAAAUCUCCUCUGAACCCUCUCUAACGUCAGCACAUCCUUCCUAAGAUGUGGGGCCCAAAACUGCGCACAAUAUUCCAAAUGAGGCCUCGCUAGUGCCUCGUAGAGCCUCAUCAACACUUCCUUACUUUUAUACACUAUACCUCUCGAAAUGAAUGCCGCUGUUUCACAGAUUUUCAAAAGGGCAAUAGCUUAUUUUUGUUUAUAUUUCUGAGUCCGUAGUAUAUUCAUAGAUUUUAGCAAGGAUAGAACAAAGACUAAAUGUUGAAAUACGAAGAUGCAGGAAAUUCUUCAAUUUCAAAUUUGCAUAGGUAUAAUCAAUGCCAGAUGGAAAUUCUGGUUCAGUUAUUAACCGUGGUUGUAUGUUACUUGUCUGACACCUGCUUGUUGGACGUAGAGGGCAUCUCGCUAGCAAUAAACAUAUUUCCUCUCUAAUUUUUGAAGUUUAACAACUUCAUCUUCAGUCCACGCUGACAACAACCUAUCCCUUUUCUUAUCAGUGCCAUUCACACUAUCAAGUUCACUAGGGGUCUUGCCUCCCAGUUCUCUUUCGUCAUUUACAUUCUGUACACAUAAAUUACUCACCAGCUGCCAUAUCAGUCUUGGCCUGCACCAUCUUGCCAGAUCUAUAUUUGGCAGAAUGUCACGCAAUGGUAUGCUAUUUAUCUGUUGUCUUCCACUUACUACACGUUACACUAAUGCUCGCGUUAAGAUGACGUCUCACGUAAUUUUUCCGAAAAUCAUUAAAAGAGAUAAAUCCCUCAUUGCAAUCCUCACACAUUAAUCUAGUAAUGGGAUAUUCUACUGUAACCUUCCUCUCACAAAUCUCAAAUUCCUGUCACUACCAAUCUUAAAGCCACUACCACUAAUGCUGGGGCAACUAAUUGGAAUAUUCAAACUCCCCACAUCACUAAAUCUAUCUGAAACCUUAAAAUCUUCAUUUUAAAAAUUAAAGCUAUCCUUAGGCUGACUCUCCAAAAAGUUUAAAGUGACAAAAUCAGAGUUUAAAAAGAUUCUCCCUACUAACUUCGGCAAUAUUGGCCUUGUUCUUACUAUUAGCACCUCCCCUACCACUACCACUUAAUGGAAAGGUUAAAUGUAAAAAGAAACCUUAUACAAUUCUAACUGCAUAAUCCUGAGUUCUAACUGAUUAACUCAAUCUUCCACUUCACUCGCAAGUUUAAGGAUUUCCUGACUGUUCCUUCAUUUGGAGUUGCAAUUUGUCUGCUUUGCAGCCGUGAUGUUUUUAAAAACUUGAUUAAAGAGGAAUAUUUAUCUUAUUGAAUGCAAGCAAUUAUGUUUAUAGUUGGAAAUGGAAAGUUGGCAAUGAUGCGCUUAUCCAUUUCCAGAACUUUACAUGUAGCCUAAACAUCUUGGUUGAUGUCAGGUGGGGUUGAACACUGGAUGAAUGUGUCUGUCUGGUCAAAUUAAUUGAUGAAAUGGAAAAUAUAACAAAAAUGUACUUAUUUUUUUAUGGACUAGUCAUCUGUAAUUUUUAACCCUGUUCAUCUUCCUAAAUAGAUAAUUAUUUGGAUUUAGUAGUAGUUUCCUAAUGAAGAUCACCAUGUAUAUUGCACAGAUCAAUGGACAAUUUGUGAAUCUUAGGAAUACCAGGUACAUCAACUGAAAGAGUUGCUGGUAUGUUGAGCCACAGUUGGAAGAGAGUGGGAAAUGGUAGUGGUCUAAGUCGGUGAUUUGUUACCAAGUCUAAAUAUCUAGUCACGAAUCAUGACUUGUAGCUAGUUGUUAACCUUGGUUGCACCAUUUUAUGUUGGUUAGAUUUGUUUGGUGUUAUGGUCAUUUAUAAUUGGUGAAUACCUAGAAUUAAUAAUUGGGCUUUUCAUUCACCUGAAAAAUUGAUAGGAAAUUGUGAGUUUUGCACUUGUCUGGCUGUAAUUAAAUUUCAUUAAAUUAUUAACCAAAGUUAUGCAGUUUUGGUUUACCAAGUUGUAUGCUACUCAUAAGAUAAAUAAUAACUUUUCAUGUUGCGGUGCCAAAUAUUGUCCUCUUCAGGAAGAUUUGCAGGGCAGUGAUGUGCGAUUCAUGAUUCAGUUUUCCCAGGAAGGAAGGGUUGUUGGUUUGUAACCUCCUAAGGUGUGAAAAAUGUUUUGUGCAUCGAGAUAUUCUGUGAUUUGAAGACUUCAGCAACAAACAUUUAAUAUUUGCCAUGCCUUUAAUUUAAUGACGUGUUGUUUCAAAAUCUUGAUAUUCUCCCUUGCAUCUACUGUUUGGAACCAGGCCUGCAAAUUUCCCUAUAGAAUAACGUAAAUUAUGUGGCAUUCUGGUGAUUUUUGUUUUCCUCCACUCCAAUUCUUCAGGUAGUACAUCAUCUUGUGGCCAUACGAACUGACCAAACUCAGGUAAAUUAAAUGAAAAUACUCUAACCUUGAAAUAUAAUUUCAAAUUGAGGCAGAAACCUGAUCGUAACAUGGCACUGAGCAACUAACGAUGGAGCACAUUGCAUUGUUCCAUUGACCUGUGUAAUGGAUCCAUCCAUAUGCAGAUGCAGGAAGGUGGGACAGUGUUAUCAGCAAUUUUAUUUUUCAACUGAAUAGGAAUCUGGAUGAGCCAUUUCUGUUUAAAGUUGCUUCUCUAAUUUAGGAAUUUAGUCAAUGGAAAUUGAACAGGAAAUUCAGCCAAGAGGGAGCAGAGGAACGUGAACCAGAGAUUAAACCUAUCAAUUUAUUAGUACUUCCAUUAGCAAAGGGGGUCUAGAAAAAUGUCAUCUUUUACAGCUUGGAGUACAUUAUGUGCUUGUGCUCACUUUGAAUGAACGUUUGUUGCUUAACUCAAUGAGCAUUUAUUCUUAAAUUAUAUUUUUAAUAAUUAACUGAGUAAAUAAGAACACUUAUUGUUUUAAAGGAUUAUAUAAUUGACAGAUUUGACCAGAAGAAACAUUAAUUUUCACAGGAAAGCAAAAUAGUUAUCUGUCCAGCUGUAAGAUGGUAUUACAUCAUAAAACUAAGUAUUGGUCAUGAGAUUUGAUUCUUACCUGAUCACUGGGUUUAUACGAUCUGGCUUCACACAUGCCAUACUAACCAUAUCCUCUUCAGUCUCAUGGUUCCAUUUACUGGACUAAUCUGUGAAAUAUCAUGUCUAGCAACUCAACUUUUGCAGAACCUUUCAAAAAAAAGGACAAUAUUAUUCAUUUUGCCUGAAGGUGAUACAUUGCUUUUUAAAUACAGACUUGACUGUCAUCCCCUGGAUUUAAAAUCUGAGAUAUUGUAUUGGGAAGCAAUUUUGCAUUUUGAAGCUAUGAAUGCUGACCUGAAUUCUUGACAGAUGAGUUUAAUGAUAUCUGCUGCAUAUAGUAAAAGGCAGAGCUGAAUCCCCUUACAGCUGACCACUGACUGCUAAUUGUGGUGUGGGAUAUAAACUCUAGUUCAGUUUGUAUCAUUUUGUGUGGCUCAAAUUUGAAACUUAAUGCACUCGCCCAGUUUACAAACUAAAUGUUAUCACGUACAAAAUAAGAGGUUGGAUUAAAACUGAGGCUUGAGAUUUCUUGAAAGUUAAGAAUUCUUGUUUCUAGAUUGAUUGGUGGGUGUUCAGCUAAUAUCACAUGACAUUUUCAGAUAAUCAGGGUCAUUUUUUUACAUUUCAAGAAAUUAUUUGAAAAAAAAAUUGAAGCCCUUUUGUCUUCUAAGCUCUCUGAAUUUUCAGUGGCAACCAUGAAUUCUACUUUUAUCCACGAUCUGGUUUUCUGGUUUUUACCUUUUGCUUAUCCUGCUUUCAAAAAUGGGUGGCAAAAUAUACCCUCCUUUGUAGCAAAUUUUGGCUAAGGGAACAUGUUUAUUUGUACUUUCUCUGUAAAAUUCGGUAUUUAGUUCUUUCCUCAGGACUUCAGGCAGGGUUACAUAUAGUCAGUGCAAUGUCUGAUGGCUCCAAACAUUAGGAGAUCUCCUGAGCAAGCAGGGUCGUUGUGUCCAUGGUGGAUGUAACACAUUAAUUUGGUUCAGAAUAUCAGAGCAUAUGAAUCAGAUUAUUUAUGUCGAGCUGAUUUGAAUCUUUUUGCUUUAUAAUCUAUUUAAAACUGUUCAUUAAAGAACAAAAUGGACAUUCUCCCCAGAGAAAUGGAACUGAUUGAUCUUCAAAUUUUGGUUGGUUUUGAUUCACAGUGAUAACAUGACGACUUUUGGGCUCACUAUUGAUGUAAGUGGAUGUUUCCAGUGCAGAAUCAAGUUGUAGGGAAAUCCUCUUAUGAAGUAAAUAAGGCGUGAAUAAUAUAGCAUCUUAUGUUUCCAAAAAAAAAUGUCUGUAGUUCAUUUGGUGUUUUACUUUGAAGUACACUGAGUGUUAACUUGGUAAAUACAAAGUGUGCUUUGCAUGCAAGAAGCCACAACAUGCAAUGAAACGAAUGGCCAAUUGCUAUAGUUUUAGUUGAGGGAUGAAUCAGGAAACAGGAUCAAGUCCUUGUUUCUUAAGGAGUGCACUGAGAUCAUUAGCAUGCUUCUGAAUGAGAAAGUGGAGCCUUUGUUUCAGCUGGAGGGUGACACUACCUACAAUGAAACAGUUCCUCAGUGCUAUAUUGGUGCUUCAUCUUGGUGUACGUGCUAUGGCCACUUGCAUUGGGUGAGAAUCCAUAACUAGCCCUGAGAUGAGCAUGCUACCAACUGAGCCAAAUUGAUCAAAUAGCUGAAUUUGACAGCAAGAUUGGCAGAAUUUUUAAGCCACAGUAGCAAUAAAUGACAUCUGAUCUGCCAUUGCUGAACUCUUGUGGAAUUUAAAUGGCUCUAUUUAAUGUAUAAAAAUAGAAUAAUUCCAUCUGAAGAAAACUGCAUUGAACUGAGAUCACAAAAAUACAUGGAGAAAUUUGGACUAUGGUUUGUAUGUGAUGUGACCUGAAUAAUUAGCAGGUAGACUUUGCAAAUUGAGUAUAAUGUUUUUUUUUGUUAUGCCCCAGUCUAAUUUUGGCACUGUGUUGGAUCUGAUGUUGUCUACAGUAGUUACAAACUUAGUAUUUGAAGAUAAAUAUAGGAGAGGAGUGUAUGGAGACAGCACAGCCACACAUAACUUUAGCAAGGAGCUACCCAAAGCUAACAUGUUUUUUGAAUGGCUCUGAAUAUUAACCCUUCGAGUACUCAACAGCUUUCCAAAUAUGCACUUGCUUUGCCUCAUAGCCUCUGAGAAAAUUAUGUAAAUUUCGUAUGUUCAAUGUUAUAAAUGUAGAAAUGUACAGAACUGAAGGACGUUUAAGUCAUGGUAUUUUUAAAUACUGUAACUUUAAGAUUUUAAUUUUGGUGAAAAUGCUACUGUGAGAGGUGACUCCAACGCUUUUGAUAUGAUGGAAGUUGAGUCUCACCAUUAAGCCCACACUGGUCAGUCUUAGUGUCUAUUUCGAGCAAUGUGUCUGUUUCCGGAGAUUAAUUUUUUUAUUCUGCACUGAUGUAGGAUGAUCUUUCACUUUGUUCAGGGUUUUUGUGCUUGCAAUAUGUAAUUUUUUAAAAACUCCUAACCUCAUUGCAGAUUUGGAAAGUUCUGUGCAAUUAAUUUAUAUUCAUUUAAGUGCUCUCUGACUGUUGGUAAGUGUUUUAAGAAAUGGUAAAUGGAAAGUGCUAUUGUGAAAAAUGUA